CACAAUUUUCUUCAUAUAGAAAUAAAUUAAACCUUCUUCAGUAGAACCAAAUUCCCACAUAGAAUAUGUCUGCUCCUGCAGCUCCAGUUGCUAUAGGCACAAGAGGCACGAUUGGAUCUCUUGUAAAGAAGGAAAUUGAGUACUUCACAAAGUUUGAUUUAGAUAAACGAGGGAAUUCACAUAAGCCUCAUCAGCCACACCUCGUGGACAUGGUUUCCACCACGUUCAGGACUAGUUUCUGGGUGUUGCUAAUGACAGGGAAGAAGAGGAAGCGAAGAAGCACAAAUGGGUUCCUCCCAAGAAUGUGUUCUGUUUCACAAGUGGCAGAAAGCAAUAUUCCAAUGAACAGAAUUCCUGGUUACAACUAUAGGAUCCUCAAGAACGAUGUCGAUAACUUGCAACUCUGAUUGACUUUCUGCAUUACAUGCCAUGAAGCAUGCAUGCAUGUUCAUCUUAUCUUUGUCACGUGUUGUUAUCACAUUGAGCCAUUUUCUUGUUAUCUUGAGCUUCAUGUAUUUCUAUUUCUCUGCAAUCUCGUUGGUGAUUUGGGACGGCCAAGAAGAAAAAUGAAUAAUCAGAUCAUAUCAUAGGACAGGGAAGGAAUGCCAUGCCUGUUGGUUAAUGAAUCUUGCGUUUAUGUGACCAAUUUGUAUUCAAUAUUCAUCAAACCUAAUACUAAACAACGCAUGAACUAUAAAUGAUUUAUUAUACCUGCUCAUAA